UAAAAGUCAGAGGCCACUACAAGCCCAGAGCUCCCCAGCAGCAUGGGCCACCUGCUGUUCCUGCUGCUCUGGGGGCUGCACAAGGUUUGGGGAAGAUCUGAUGUGCUACAAAGAGCUUUUCCCUUUCACAUACUCCAGAUCUCGUCCUUCCCUAACAGCAGCCAUGCACGCACAGACUUCUUGGCAUGGCUGGGGGAGCUAGAGACACACCGUUGGAGGAAUGAGUCGGACACUGUGCAGUUCCUGAAGCCCUGGUCAACGGGCAGAUUCAGCCAGCAGCAGGUGAAGCAGCUGCAACAGGAGUUUUUGCUUUAUCGACUCAGUGUCUUCAAUGAUGUCCAGAAAUUUUCCAAAGUGCUCAAGUUAACCUACCCUAUUGAUAUCCAGGUGUUUGUUGGCUGUGAGUUGCAUCCUGACAAUGUCUCUGAAAGCUACUUCCACGUGGCUUUUCAAGGAUCACUUACCCUGAGUUUCCAAGGAAGUUCUUAUAAGGCAGCUCCAGAUGUUUCUCCAAAGGUAGAUGUGGUUGUCCAAGAGCUCAACAAGGACCCAGGCACGAGCGCAGUGAUGCAAGUGCUCAUGAAUUAUACCUUUCCCCAGCUUGUCCGUGGCCUUAUUGAGGCAGGGAAAUCAGACCUGGAGAAGCAAGUGAAGCCUGAGGCCUGGCUGUCCAGUGGCCCCAGCCCUGGGCCUAGCCGUCUGCUGCUCGUGUGCCGUGUGUCUGGCUUCUACCCGAAGCCCGUGUGGGUGAAGUGGAUGCGAGGUGAGCAGGAGCAGCCUGCACAGCAGGGUGACAUCCUUCCCAAUGCUGAUGAGACGUGGCAUCUCCGAGUGACCAUGGAUGUGGAGAGCAGAGAGGCAGCCGGCCUGUCUUGUCGGGUGAAGCACAGCAGUCUAGGAGGCCAGGACAUCAUCCUGUACUGGGGUGGAAGCCGCAUAUCCUGGAUCUGGGCACUGGUGGUACUGGGCUGUGUGCUCAUUGUGGGAAUAGCAUGUUUUAGGAGACCCAUAUGGAUGUGGCUUAAGAGGCACUGCUCCUAUGAAGACAUCCCGUGACACUGCUUGCCACACCUGCCUCUCUGGAACUCAGGACCUCAACUUCCCAGGAUAUCAGUCCUGAGCUGUUUGGGAAUUGAGAGUGAGAAGAGAGGUCCCUCAAAAAGAGGAGAAGACCACAAGGCAGCUGUGGGCACAUCCUCUCAAGAGUUGCCUAGAGUAACUUCAGUGUUCAUUAUACUACAACUGGAUUCUGUGAUGAAGA